AUGGCCGUUGUGGAGUCCACCUUGAAAGGCAUGGGCCGUCCCUCCAAUGCGGAUGCAUUGGAGAAAUGGUGCCCUAGUUGCAGCUCGCGGCUUGUGAAACUUGCAUUCAUACAGUGUCCAGGCAAGAACAGCUCACUUAGGUUCGGAGAGGGCAAGAUUCGGGAGAUGAGUGCCAAGAAUAUCUCGAAGUGUUUGAAAAUUCACAAGCGGCUUACAGCUGCAGAUGCUCGUGCACAAGAGAUCAUUGCUGAGUUUGAUGAUCGGUUUGGCAGCAGGCACACGCUAGCAUCGCAGCAGAACCUGGACAUCCUCGUGACACGCACACAUGUGAGUGGCAACGAGGCCGUGUCGAGACAGCUGCUCCUGUGGUGUUUGGAACACUUCGAGAAUGAUGUUCAGCGUGGUACCGUGAGCUUUGAUGCGGCCAAGGCGGCCUUUAACCUGGCCGUGUCCAGGAGCCUCUUGAAGAAACGUCUCAUCAAUUAUGUCAGCAAGAGAGUCACCAUGCCGGCGAAGCCAACAGACGGUGUCGCUAUCCCCACAAUCGACAGCAUUUUCGGCACCUUUGCGAAAUUCCGGAACAGCGGGCUCGAUCAUGGCAGCACCCUCGUGAUGACGUGGAGGGCGUCUAUGCCUUCCUACCUGCAGGACACAUUCGAUUUCCUGACCAAGCUCAUGCGUGGAGGAGGCCCCCUUGACGAGAGCCUCGAGACCUUUCUCCAAAAGGAUUCCUUGGUUUCAGCCGAACUGGUCUUGAGGGCUCAGUCUAUGAAGGAUCACUUCGACAUCGUGGCUGUCACGCAGGCGGCCAGCCAAACUGCACAAGACGAGAAGGCAGCGUCGGCACCGCCACCCGUUGCUCCACCUUCCCCGCCAAAGCCAGAAUCGACAACGGCACUUUCGCCGCCGGAGCUGCCUGAAGAUCCUGAGGACUUGAUUGAGGCAGCUGAGCAUCCCCAACGCCUCGAUCGAAGCAUCUACUUUGACUCUUUGCCCUUGUCGUCUGUAGCCAAGGACAUUCUGAACAAGGUUCCGGACGACAGUCAGUUUGAGCAAGUGCUGGAAACGGCACGAUUGCGUGCCAACACAUUCCUGGACUUGCGUGUCUGGCCCACUGACGCGACCAACUUGAGAGCUGCUUUGCAAUCCAUUCCGGAUGCACAGAACAGGGUCUACAUCUAUGACACCAAGAAUGAGACGAAAGACACUGGCCGGGUGGCGAGCUAUGCACCGUAUCGUCGUCCCCCAGCCCUGGAGAAGAAGAACAUCAAGAUUGUCGGCGAGGCUUUGUUUGGGGACCCCGCAUUGGCGAAGGACAGCUCCAGAGCUCACCCGGUGAUCUUUCGUGCCUGCGACAUGUUUGUCUGCAUGGAUGGCAGAUCCCCUUCGAACCAGAAGCAGAUCACAGCCGAGCUUACCCGAUGCAUGAAGCCACAUGCGAGCAUGUUCCCCAAGCUGGCCAACGGCUUGAUCACAGUCCGCAUGCUCUACCACUGUCGGGAAUUUGAGGGAUCGGGGCGAUUGGCGAUGGCCAGGCGAACGUGUUUGACCCAAACAUGCCCAGACCCGAUGGAAACCAUGGUUGUCAUUCAACCCAAGGCGUACACGCUUCCGCAGCGGACAGAGAAGCAGAAAGCGGCUGCGGAGGCAGCCGAGGCUGGCACGGAUGAUGCCGAAGAAGUUCAUGCUGUUUCAGACAGUGAUGAUGGUGCUGUGGACGGUGCAGGCAGCCAGGCUUCAGAGUGUGAGCCCGCAAGAGGUGUUCUCUUGUGGCCGUGGGCGUCUUCCGAGGAUGCCUGGACAAGCAUUUACACGGCAUUCCACCUGGUAAGCCCGUCUCAGACCUGGAUCAUUGAUUUCACAGCAGGGUGUGGCCUUGCGGCUCUCGCGGCCGUGAGGGGUCGCUUUCACUAUGUCGGCUUCGCCACUUCGGAGGUCCACUUGAAGUUUCUCCGCCAAUACGUGAUGUUCCGCAUCGUCUCCGAAAUGGUGUUGAAUGUGGAUCCACACGCAUGGAAUAUUCGCAAGCGGAUUCUGUGCCGUGAGAACAGUUUGACUGGCUCUAGCACUACGGAGUCCAAUGCUGAGACUCUUCCGCCAAGGACCUUACUUAUCUUGUGA